CACGUCUCAUGUUGAUAUUCGGAAUCAGCAUGGUCGACUACCUAUAGUCCACUAGGUUUCGGCUCGAAAGCGAUCGGACAGUCUGGGACCUUCCCUCGUUAGACGUACAUUAUGCUGAUUAUUUGAUAAAUCUUGUGAUUUUAUGUCUAUUUUCACCAGAACUUCAUCUUUUUCCCAUAAAACUCAGUAUAUUUUCACAGUAAGUUCUCAGUCGUCUCAUUUUACAAUCGAUUCAUUGUAUCUUAUCUUGACAUUUUCAUGGCUGGCGAUCCGAUGAUAUCAAUCGCCAUUAUAUCUCUGACCUGACAGAUGUCGCCACAGUACGAUAUUGUUUUCGACUUUUCUGAGAAGUCGACACUCAGUUUAACACUGUUGAAUGGAUUUAUGAUCUGAUUUUUCUCGUAUAAUACGUUUUAUGCAACGCCACUGGGCAUCUCUCCAGAUUCGUUCAACUAUGUUAGUGAAAAUGUUAGAAAGUCCAAAAACCAAUUAUCAUGGACCUUCAUUGCCAGCGGAACCUAUUUUAUCGCAAUUAUCUCUAGUUGAAAAUCAGCAUCCUACAUUUUUGAAUCAGAAAAACCGUAUAAGCAGUUGUCAUCGAGGCUAAAAAGACAGUUGAUUGAAACAUAAAUUGAAAAAUUAAAUGAAAAGAAACAUCUCAAUAAGGUAGAGAGCCAGAGGGUUUUGGAUAAAUUGAAUAAUACGAAGAAACUUCAACGUCGAAAUGAGACGCUGAUACAGAAAGAAGGACAAGUGCAGCUCCAGCGAGUAAUAUCCAAUUCGUCAGUCGAAUUCGACUUUCAAACUAUAUUUAGAUUCGGAAGAUUCGAAUUUUGUUUUCUAAUUCCGACUUCAACUUUUACUUUUCUAUGUGGUUAUGUUCGAUACAGAGUCUCUUCUCAUAUUCGACUUCGUACGGAACCACCUAGAUAGAGAAUUAUCUUUUUAGUAGUAAUCUAAGAACAUAAAAUCCGCUCUUUUAUCUGUUGAAUUUGUGAACCCUAACGCUAACUUCGUAGUAUGGCUUAAUUGUUCGUCUGACGAAGAAUGCUGUAUGUUUUAAACUGAAAAGGAGCGAUUUGAUAAAGAGUUCUCUGCGGCUAGUAGCCGACAUGAUGAAACAGUAGCCGGCGGCUACUGUUUCGUCAUGUCUAUGCGCCUAGAAGCCUAUCUUGAGUGAUAGAAAUUCAGAGAGUACUCUAUGUUACUAUUCAUGAUAAGCAUAACUUAGAUGGCAAUCAUGCUACACAACGUGAGACCGAUGAACAAACAGAAGUUAGAAUUUUCAAAGGACAACUGAUCUGAAUGCACAGGUGCGAUGUUCAAUGUAUAGAGUAACAACUAUAGACAAGUUGACUCUUUGAAAGCAAGGUCAUCCGGUUUCUCUGACUCAUCGAUUGUCAUUAUUGAUAUAAGACAAAGUCAGCUGUUCAUGUGUGUUUAGAUGCGGUAGACCUAAUAGAAUCUCCUUAUCUUAGAGGUUUCCGCUAACGCACCGCAUUUGAGCACGAUUGACAUCUAGUUUUCUUGAUGAAGUUGUCCUGCAAUCGUUUUAUGGCGCCUAUUCACUAUCUUCAGAAGUCUCCUUAGUCAUAAUUUUCAUCCGUCAUUCUCGAGGACUGUGGGAAAGCCAUAAAACAUGGCGCAAAAAGGUGAUAUUUCCUACUAGAGCCACACAGAAUUAUUCUGGCUUUUGAAGCGCUUGAUUGACCUAUAUUUAUUGAGAACAUCUUUAAAAUCCGUAGAGAGAUGAUCGAGAGAAGCAGGUAGUUUAUUGACAGAAUGCCAUUAUGCUUACGCACCGCGUCAACGCAGUUGAAACCAUCGUACAAUAAGUUUUCUAAAUCUAAGAACAAAAAAAACCUGGGAGCAUAUUCGAUUAGUGAUCCAAGAUCCUACAAUACAUUUUGCUUAUAUCUAAGAAAAGAAAAAAAAUUAUUUUAUUUGAAACAUCUGAAAGUGCGUCCAAGGUGGGAAAAACUAAACUUUUCUCUUCAUAUCUUGAAUGAAAGUUAUUUAUUCUUCGCGUUUGUUGUCUGUUUACUUUAGAUCUUAUUAUAAACAACAUCCACAAUUAUUUGAAAUAUCUAUACAUACAUUUAAACCAACCGAACCAUGUGUUUUAAGUAUCGAUCAUCGUUUUUAUCGUGCGAUUAUUGAAUUUUGUGAUACAAAUGAAAUUGAAUUACGUUUAGUUGAUUUUGGUGAAAUAGUUAAAAUUCCAGUUCAAGAUUGUCAAAACACGUAUUCAUCGAUUAUUACAUAA